AUUUCGUGACGUUCCGAGGACCAUUUCCGAACACACUGGCGGGAGUGUGAAUGUUAUCCUCUAGCUACAAAAUAACCGAGAACUACAAACAAAACACCUGCCAAAGCAAGCUUUUGUUUCAUUUAUUUUGAAAACGAAUCUAGCGCCAAGCAGGUGUUAUAUUGCAAGCAAUUGAAAUUGACUAAGUUUGCGGGAGAGAAGACGGUAACAACCAUCAGAAGACGCCACACACGUAUCUUUAGUCAAAGAGACUGAAUUGUUUAACGUUGGCUAGUUUAUUAUUUUCCGUCCUGCCUUUAUCUGCAACGUUAAGGGAGAUAAACGAGCUAAAUUCGAUUCAUUUUCAGAUUAUUAAUCUGCUAUCCAUUCAAGACUACUGAAAAUAAAUGGCUAAAGUUCAGGUGUUGAAUGUCGCUGUGUUGGACAACCCAAGUCCUUUUGGGAAUCCGUUUCAGUUCGAGAUUACGUUCGAGUGCAUGGAGGAUUUACCGGAGGACCUGGAGUGGAAGAUCAUCUAUGUGGGCUCCGCAGAGAGUGAGGAGUAUGAUCAGACUCUGGACUCAGUUCUGGUCGGACCGGUACCAGCAGGCAGACACAUGUUCGUGUUCCAGGCGGAUGCCCCCAACACCGGGCUGAUUCCUGAGAGUGAUGCUGUGGGGGUAACCGUGGCACUCAUCACCUGCACCUACAACGGACAGGAGUUCAUCCGUAUCGGUUACUAUGUCAACAAUGAAUACACCGACCCAGAGCUCAGAGAGAACCCACCAGUCAAACCAGACUACACACAGCUGCAGAGGAACAUCCUGGCCUCUAACCCCCGUGUGACCCGGUUCCAUAUCAACUGGGACGGCUGUUCAGACAAGAUGGAGGACAGUGAGAACGUAGACCCCUCCCCCAACAGCAGCAGUAGCAGCAGCAUGGUGCCCUCCUCCUGUUUAGCUGGCAAGGCGUUACCUGUAGGACUGCUGUCUGGUAACUCGAUGGACUGUCUGUAGAACAUAGACACCCCUCCAGCAUUGCCUUGCCAUGUUCUACUCCAGCAGUCGCCAGCAGUCUUUGGCAGGAAGGUUGAGUCACUUAUUAUAAACCAGCUGUACUGUAGGGUGUACGGUCUCCCUCCUUCACACAGCAACACCUCCCUCUGUCUCCACUGGCACUGGCACCCUAUUCCCUCCAUAGUGCACUACCUUUUUAAACAGGGCCCUCUGCUCCAAUGUAGUGCACUACCUUUGUA